GCAAGGCCAUGCAAAUCAGGAACGUGUUGCCGGUCCCCAACACAGUCAAACGCCAUGUUGUUGGGACAGCCUCCUCCAUCCGUGAAAAGGUGAAGGAAAUGGUGAAGGACCAUUUCAAUGAUGGUGUGCAUGCGGGAUUUACAGCAGACAUGUGGACUGACGAAGUAAAAAAAAAAUUGUUCAUGUCUCUGACCAUGCACUACAUCGACAAUACUUUUAAAUUGCAUGCACGCAAUUUACAGGUGAAAGCAUUCCAUGAGGAAUCGUACACAGGGCCUGCGAUUCUCAAAGGAUUUCAUGACUGCCCUCAAGAGUUCGUCUUUGCAGCCAGUGUGUAGUGUGCACGGAUAGCGGGUCAAAUAUGGCCGCGGCAGAAGGGAUCCGCAAAGUCUAUAAGUGGGUACCAUGUUCCGACCACAAGAUCGCAACUGUCCUGAUGACAGUAUUCAACAAAACCACGGCAACAACAGAUGGAGUUAGGUCUGCACCUUUUUAUAGGUAUCAUGAAUUUGCACCGCAUUUGUUUGAAAUGAUCGACAACUGUAAAGAGUUGGUGCGCUAUUUCAAACAGGCCAACCUGCAGAACACUUUAAACAAAACAUUGAAGCAGGAAAAUGCGACCCGGUGGAAUUCGCUGUUCAUUUCUCUGAACAGCGUUUUGGACAGUUACGAUGAUGUGGCAGAUGUCCUCGCCAGGCUCGCCAACACCAAUCGGCAAGCCAAUAGACAGUUCCUCAUCACGAGGAUUGAUAAGAACUCGCUUGCAGAACUGACACAAUUUUUGAAACGGUUCCACACUGCGACCCUGAAGUUGGAGCAAUACCUGGAACCAACACUGCACCUUGUGGCAUUCGAGCGCAGUGCUCUGUUGGAGUAUUGCAAACCACGUAACGAGUCAUACAACUGUGAGGAUGACGAAGGUAAGAAAUUCACUGUCCCAUCAGACUCAGAUCACAUCAUAGCUGUUAAGAUGUUGAUCAGUGAUGUGUUGAAGGACAAAUGGAUAUUGCAUGACCUCCAUAUUGUUGCAGCUUUGCUUGAUCCUCGACAGAAAGACAGGUUGGACCGUUUUGGUUUGUCUGAAGCUUAGGUUGAUCGAGGAAGGAACUGUUUGCAAGAGAUUAUGCUUAGUGUUAAGGACGGAUACAGCGAGUCAACAGAGGCGCCUGCUGCAUCCGAGGUGAAACGGCCAGCGAAGCGGAGGAAGAAAACGUCUGCGAGAGAGAUCCCCGAUGGGUUAACAUUGUGCAUCACAGAUGAAGAUGAGGCGGAGGACCUGCCCAUUGCUAGCACAAGGCCACUGACCCUUGCACAACGCAUUAAAAAGGAGUUGGAGUUCUAUUUUAGUUUGAAACUAACAAAAGAAAAGAAAAAGA